AUAUGUCGACCAUGUUCCGCAGCUUCUUCGUUCCGCGUCUUUUCGACGACAAUCGGCGCCAUAUUGGCUGAUGCAAGACACAAUGGUGCGAUUUUCUCGAAACGUGGUAACGCUCGGUGUAUUGUGUGUGUGUUCCUCUCAAGCAUUCUAGUCUUCAAGCAAAGUGCUAUUUGUGAUAAUAUUUAGCGGCGCUGAAUUUGUUUCACAAUGGCAGAAACUGAGGAAACUGGAUUCGACCCUACCAUGAAAAAGAAGAAGAAGAAGAAGCCUUUUGACGCAACGGGAUUCGAGGGUAUCACCGAUGUAACAGAUGUGUCAGCACCGGCUGGCGAUGAUGAGGUUGAAAAAGCGUCUCCGAAGGACGGAGGCAAAGAAGACGAAGACGACAAUCUAGACUUUACGAAAAUGUUGAAAAAGAAAAAGAAAAAAACCACCUUCAACUUCGACGAUGGCACAGGAACGCCAGUAGGGGAUAUCGAUGGCGGCAAGGCUUCACCGAACGAGAGUGGAGGUAAAGCUAAGGAAGACGAGGAUUUAGACAAUGUUGACUUCAUGAAAAUGAUGAAGAAGAAAAAGAAAAAGCAGGCUUUUAAUCUUGAUGAGCUUGGAGAUGCCUUGGAGGACGGGGGUGUUGAUAACGCAGACGAUGACCUCGAUUUCAACAACAUGAAAAAGAAAAAGAAAAAGAAGAAGCUAAAUCUGGACGAGCCAACCGAAGAAGAUUUUGAUGCCGACGAGGGUAGUGCCGAUACACCGUCCGCUGCAGGAGCCGGUGGUGGAAGUGACGCGUGGCGCGGUACUGAUCGUGAUUACACGUACGACGAACUGCUUCAGCGUGUAUUCAAUAUAAUGAAGGAACGAAACCCUGAUAUGGUGGCCGGCGAAAAGAAAAAAUUUGUCAUGAAACCUCCGCAGGUGCUUCGAGUCGGAACGAAGAAAACGUCAUUCGCCAAUUUCCUAGAAAUCACGAGAACAUUGAGAAGAGCACCGAAACAUCUACAGGCCUUCUUAUUAGCCGAAUUGGGUACGAGCGGAUCAGUCGACGCCAACAAUCAGCUUAUCAUCAAGGGUCGCUUCCAGCAAAAGCAAAUCGAGAACAUUCUUCGAAGGUACAUCAAGGAGUAUGUUACAUGUCAUACCUGUCGAGCACCAGAGACUAUCCUGGAAAAAGACACCAGACUGAAUUUCCUCCGCUGCGAAAAGUGUGGUUCGCGGUGUUCGGUGCAGUCGAUUAAGAGCGGUUUCCAGGCUGUCACGGCAAAACGUGCAGCUAUUCGAGCAAAGGCGACUUAAAACUGAUUUGUCUAGCGGAAUUCAUCGAAGGCAUUAGACCGGGUUACCAUAGACCUCAUUGCCACUGCUCAGCUUGUCAAGCUAUUACCGCUAUCCAUAGCGAUAUCUGCCGACGAAGCCAACGUGGUGACGGACACAGGAUCCAUGAGCGCAUACGCAGGCAAAGUAAUGCGACUGCAAGGACGAAUAAAAAGGUUUUUCAUAGGA